GGAAGUAUAGUAAUAUUAGUGCAAGUCGAAAAAAAAGUAAACCCUCUUGAUUAUGGCGGGAAAUAUUAUCUUCCCACAUGAACAUAAUAAAGGAUGUGCUCUCUUCUACAAACGCAAGCGUUCCCUUAUCAAAAAACCAGUAAAUCUACCAUUUAAAAGGUAUCCCAAUUUACGCAAAAGUCAAGUGGAUCGAGUCGAUUCGGCCCUAGAGGCAGCUGCCAAUUUCUCUAGAAAAAAGGUGGACGUUGAAGAGGUUUCAGAAACGGAGGAAGACUCUUCAGAAACUGAGAUAGAUAAUUUCAAAACAAAGAAAGAAUAUCCUAAAAUGAAGAAAAAUCCCAAAGCUAAGAAAGCAAAAGCAUUAAAAAAGAUCGCGAAGCCCUCCAAAGAAAAGUCUUUCGCUUUUCGGGUUGAACAUGAGGAAACUUCUGAAGAAGAAUCUGAGGACGACUCUUCGCCAGGAACGUCUAGAAAAAUAGAUUCCGAAACCUUUAACAUAGCCAUCAGUAAAAGAAAUUACCGUCGCAUGCGAACUGCCUUGAAAUUACUUGAUUUUGUAGAGGGAAACGACGAUGACAAUGAGAGCGAUUGGUCUAUGAAUUCUACACCAUCAUCAUCUGUUUUUUUCGAUAAGGCCAGAAUUGGAGCCAAAAGGAGUACUCGGCGGUUAGAAGCCAUGCAAGAUCUGUCGCCCAAGGACUACUUUGGUUUCUGUAAGGAUUGUCGAUCGCGUUGCAGAAGUUGUGGAAGGCGUCCAUCGGCUGUGGCCAAAACAAAAAAAUAAAUGAAUUGCGAUGUGAAAUGGGAAGUUAAGAUAAAAUAUUUUUAAUCAUGGUUUUAAAAGUCAAUUUUAAAUUUAAUUAAUACAAUUUUUUUAAAUACCUAUCCAAAAUGUCAAUAAUUUAAUUUAUAAUGAAAUUGACUUUAUAGGGCUCAAUUCAAAGUUAAAUAAAAUAUGUAUUUUAUA